AAAGUCUCCUGAGCACCAAUAAGAAACUUGAGGCUGACUUUGUUCCGGUCCAGAAUGAAGUUGAUCACACUGUACAGGAAGCAAGAAAUCCCGAAGAGAAGGCCAAGAAAGCAAUCUCAGAUGCUGCAAUGAUGGUUGAAAAGCUCAAGGAGCAGCAGGACACCAGCUCUCAUCUGGAGAGGAUGAAGAAGAAUGUGGAGGUCACAGUGAAGGAUCUGCGGCACUGUCUAGAUGAGGCGGAGAAUUUGGCCAUAAAGAGAGGAAAGAAACAACUCUAGAAACUGGAGUCCAGAGUUCAUGAGCUUGAGGCUGAAGUUGUGGCUAAACAGAGACGUGGAGCUGAUUCAGUUAAAGGUGUCCGCAAAUAUGAAAGGAGAGUGAAGGAACUCACCUACCAUACUGAGGAGGAUAAGAAGAACAUUACCAGACUUCAGGAUAUGGAUGACAAGCUUCAGCUGAAGGUCAAAGCUUACAAGAGACAGGCUGAGGAGUCUGAGGAACAAGCCAACGUUCACUUAUCCAAGUUAAGAAAGAUGCAGCAUGAGCUUGAGGAGGCUGAGGAGCGUGCUUACAUUUCUGAGUCAGAGGUCAACAAACUCCGAGCCAAGAGCCGAGAUGUUGGAAAGGUUAGUAGAUGA